AACUUUCCAAGAUCUUUCGAUAUAUUUACUAUACCGAAAAAAAAGUUGCAGUAAAAAUAUUCUUCCGCAUAUCGUAAAACAAAGAAUCAAAUAAGUUAUAUAUAUCGAUCAUCAAUCAUCGCUUUAUUCUGUGUUCUAUUUAAUUUAAUACUAAUAAGUUUGUUGACAGAGCAAUCGUGCAAACGAGAUUUAAUAUCUUUAAUGUGAGUUCGAAUAGUUUCGAUAAAUAAUGUUUUGAUAAACGAAGUUUCAUCACACUAUCUAUCAUAGAGUGUUAUUCACGCUGAAAUUCGACAGUCCUCUCGCUUUAUGACUGGGUCUUUAAUGCGUUCUACUCACCAAACAGGUAGAUGUUUUUAUGAAUGCGACUGGCAUUGUCUGUGGAUGAUACCGCCGAAUAUGGACGGUAGCCGAAGAUGAUCGGGAGGGAUGAGACUGCUUAACAAAUAAGGACGUGACGUAGCAGCGACUUGACCUAUAAGGCAAACGGAUUUGCUGUUAAUAGUCAAUAUGCAUUAGACAAACAAUGAGCGGAUCUUUGGGCCGCACACGAUGCCAAUCGUCUCUUCUCUGCAAUGACGUUACAGAGAUUUUGAGAGCCGAUGUUAAGCAGCCAAUGAAAUAAUAACUAAGAAAAUUUUUGGAAAAAAUUUAACGGAGAAAAUUUAAAUUAACCAUGAUUCUCGACUCGGAAACAUCGAGUUCCGACACAAAAAUGAAGAAUAGUGAUCAUAACAUAAAAAAUUCCAAGACCAAGACAUUAUAUUUGGGCAUAAUGUGUUUUGCAACUAACUGUUUAAGCUUGAUCGCUUUUGAAGUUGGUUCAUACGGCUCAUUCCGUUCUGUUUCGAGACCCGCCGUCUUUAACAAUUUAUUACGCCGAAAUUACAAUUUGAGAAUUAAAAUAAUGAUGGUAGACAUGCUUGCGGCAUUUGUAUCAACAAUAAUGCUAACAAUUGGUGAUAUGUAUGGAAUCCCGUAUCUUUACUUGCCAUGGCUUAUCAAUACUAUCGAAGGAAUAGCUCUUUAUGAAGGACCAGCUCUUUUCGGAUUAGCGUACAAUGUGUUACCUAAUGCAAGCAUACCGGCAGGACUAUUUAUAUUUAUAACACUGCUUUUAUACGGAAAAUUGAAAGAUCAUCAAAAAGUCGUAAAAGAUGUAAAAAACAAUUUAUCGAUUAAAAAUCAUUGUAGCAAAAGCCCGUUUACAGAAGUGACUGGUUAA